AACUAGUUUAACUUUGGCAUGUCUGCGCUUUGUUUGGUUCCCACUUCUCCUGGGGACUGAGCCCGAUAGCGUCAUGGUGCCGGUUGAGUCUGUGUCUUUCACAGCGUAGUUUGAAACUGUUGCGCUUUAUUUGAGCGUCGGCAGCGGUUAAAGUGUGCGUGUGGGCUACGAACAGUGAAGCUUUGCUAGCAUCUGAUGCCUGCUAACGAGAAGUGUCCCCCAGUUGGUAACACACGUGUGCUAAAGCAUAUGCAUCCAUAAUCGGACAAGGGUUUAUUUCCUUGUACAACUCCCAUUCUAUAUAUUUAUUUCUACUGUCAGUCGUAUGUGAGUAAUCGUGGUUGUUUGGCUUCCGGGCACAGUAAAGUUCCCGAGAGUAAAAGUUUGUUUUGGGCUGUUGCAGUGCAAAUCAGGACAUGCCCACCCGCCCAUUAGCUAACAUGACGUUACCAUAACUUUUCUGCCCCAUGAGUCGAUAAGCAAAUGUUGCUGUGACCCAGAUCCUCUUCUUAUCAGGGAACCCGUUGAAAUGAACUUUAAAGUAACGUAGUGGAAACCUCCAUAGCGAUCAAACACAAGCGGGGCUGACAGCUUUAAAUUGGCGGGUUUAUGUGUUGUGAUUUAAAUCCUUCACGUCAAGGGGCUGCUAAUAACGCCAUGUGCUCUAAUAGAAGCCAUGUGGGCUGUUUGGAUGACCAACACUCAUCGUGUAUCCAGUGAAACACUUGAGUGGGUCAGACAGUAGAUUCUACUAACUCCCGAAUUGAAAGUGUCCGAUAAUGGCCAUCAUUCUGUUAAAAGAGCAGAUUGAAUGGAUCCCCGCGUUCAGGAGCUGAAACCCCUCCCCCGCUACAGAUCCAGAUAUUAAGCUUUUACUGUAAAUAUGGUCAAUAAUCAAUGGGCGCUUCAUUUGUUGACAUCGUUAGCUCCCUGGCUAAAGGAAAACAGAAUUUCCGGAUCCGCACUGUCGACGUUCUGACUGAAUGCGGAAGCGACCAAAGUUGCAGUGAAGCAGGACGAGGCUCAUGUCGACAGGCUGCUAUAGUGACCGUCAACCAGUUAGACGACCUGCUGCUGAUUGUGAUUCAUUAAAAAGGACAGGGUGCUGACCGAGGAGCGGAUAUUUCAACGCACAACCAUCAUGUCCGCAGCGUGUCAGGACAGGAAGAGCCGUUGGCAGGAGAUCCAGAAGGGCUUGCAGUUCAUCCAGUCAACUCUUCCAUUUCCAGGAAACCAAGAGCAGUAUGAGGUAAGCUAUGUAAACAUCCACCUACUAUUUAGCAUCAGCACUUGUACUGCACGAAGCAAAACCCAUUUAUGGACAUUGACAGGGAGACAUGAAAAAAGGCCAGUGAUCUUGGUGUUCAUUAAGGACCUCGUGUGGAAUCUUUUUGGAGAAGGAAAUGACGUGUAUAACGAGGGGGAAUGGACCAAAUCCAUCGAGAUGUACACGGAAGCUUUGAACAUAGCGGAGUACGCUGACUCUGAGGAUAUCUCUGUUCCAACUGGUUUACUAGAGACGCUGUAUUCAAAUCGGGCUGCUGCAUACCUAAAUGUUGUUCCGGGACUUUACGACCAAGCACUAGAAGACUGUGAAAAGGCUCUCCACUUGAACGAGGGGAACUAUAAAGCACUGUACAGAAAAGCAAAAUCUCUGAAGGAGAUGGGGAGGCAUCAGAUGGCCUACGAGACGGUUGCCAAAUGCUCUUUAGUUGUGCCCCAGGAUCCCAGUGUUACACAGCUGACUCAGGACCUUGCCAAAAUUUUGGGAUUGAAAAUCCGUAAAGCUUAUGUGAGGAGUAAGCCUGCCUUGAAUGUUAUGCGAGGAUCAAACUAUCAAGAUGCAUCAUGUGACAAGUUUUCCCAUGGCUCCUCUUCAGUUGAAGAUAUAGAAGUUGAAGUGCCUCAGUUGACCCAGGACGGCAGCAUUUUGGCUCCGGUCCUGGCUCCCAUCCCCGCUCCAGUGGCAGCGCACCCGCCCCUGAAUGAUGCAGUGGUGGACGACUUUCUUCCCCAAAACAGUAUCUCAUCGGUGACCCCGUCUGAACCUCCGGGUUUCGAGAACUUUAUCCUGCCCGGGUCUUUGCCCACGUCAGCCCCUCUCCCUGUGCACGCAUUUGUAAACGGGUGCAGAAGCGCGGACCCUUGCCCUCUACUUGAAACCAGUUCAGAUUUUGACACAGACAUUAUUGGGGAUGACCUAGAUGAUCUUCUGGACCAAGCCGACUCCGACAUGGUUAUACCCACAGUGAAGGGCCCUCUUCCUCUGCCCAUCAGUAUUGCCUCGGGCAGUUCCAUGUCGAGUCCAUUCCUAAUGCAAUCUCACAUCAACCCGUUUCUCCAGCAGUGCACUGUGACUCUGCCCCCGCUCUAUCACAAAUCAGGGACAAGUACAUAUUUUGAUAUGGACACUUUUGAGGCCCUGCCCCCGCCGCUGGACUCCCUAGAUACGCUCACCAUGACAGACUUCAAGACGGAUUAUGUUUCAAAUCCGUUCAUUCCACUGCUUGACAAUAAGGACACCCCAAUGGGGAUGGCAGUGGGUAUGCCUGAGGUGAAGGGUCUUCCUGCUGCUGUGGAUUUAGCAAAGAGCCCAUUAGCUGAGACGCAUGAAUUCAAACAAGCCUGCUCGAUGUGCUAUGUCAGAACUGGGCCACGUGUGUUGGAUUACACAUUUCAUACCGAAGAGCAUAAAUGCAAAAAGGAUGCAUUACUUGGCAGAAUCAAACAUUCGCCAGAUAAAUCGUGGAAGCUCAUUCGGCCCAGACCAACAAAAACCCAAUAUGUAGGGCCAUAUUACAUUUGCAAAGAGGUGGCAGUUGGAAAAGAGUGCCUGUACCCUGGCCACUGCACGUUUGCAUACUGCCAAGAAGAGAUUGAUGUUUGGACUCUGGAGCGAAAAGGGUUUAUCUCCAGAGAACUGCUCUUUGAUCCUUAUGGACCCAACUCCAACAUCCGGUUGAGUGUACCCAAAAUCUUACAGGAGCAUCGUGGGAUUUUCAUGUUUCUCUGCGGAGUCUGCUUUGACCACAAACCCAGAAUAAUCAGCAAAACCAACAAAGAUCACCCUUCAUAUUGCUCUCAUCCAGUGACGGAGCACGUCUUCGAGGACCAUAAGUGCAUGGUCCACGUUUUGAAGGAGAUCACGGUCCGAUAUUCUAAAAUCAGGCCGCUGAUUCUCCAUUGCCAGCUGGAUCUCUGUCGCCAUGAGGUCCGCUACGGCUGCGUGAGAGAGGACGAGUGCUUCUACGCCCACAGCCUCAUCGAGCUGAAGGUCUGGAUGAUGCAGCACGAGCUUGGUAUUACUCAUCAAAGUAUUGUCCAAGAAGCAAAGCAGUUUUGGAACACCACAGCAUCGUUGCAGGGAGUCCAGGUAAGUCAUCAGGAGUCUGUUUGGUGCUGGUUUUUCCAAUCCUAUCAGUGUGAUGUUACAUUAACAGUCCUCAUUGGCUUUGAUGGGAUUUUAACCCUUCCCUUCCAAUCUCAUCCGCAGCUGUCCAACACACAGAGGAGGUUCGGGCCUCCAAAUCUGAAGAUGAUUUUUGUCUGUGGCCAGUGCUGGAGAAAUGGCCAAAUGAGCGAAGCUGACAAAAACAAGAAGUAUUGCUCGGCCAAGGCAAGACACACGUGGGCGAAAGACAGACGGGUGGUGCUUGUAAGUUCCCAUGAAAGGAAAAAGUGGACAACAGUUCGAGCGCUUCCAACCAAAAAGCCGAUCCCGUCUCAGUUUGAGAUUUGCAUUCAUGUGACUUCUGGAAAGAAGUGUCAGUACUUCGGGAACUGCACAUUCGCUCACAGUGUAGAAGAACGGGACCUUUGGACCUACAUGAAGGAAAACAAUAUUCCAGAUAUGGAUCAGCUUCAUGAGCAGUGGCUGCAGUCCCAGAAGCCUGGCUGGGGGGACGAGACCUCGGAUAACUCUGUGAGGGAGAACGGCAAGCAGAUCCACAUGCCAACAGACUACGCAGAGGAAGUGGCUGGCAAUCACUGUUGGCUGUGUGGUAAAAACUGCAACAGCGAGAAGCAGUGGCAGCAGCACAUCACGUCAGAAAAACACAAAGACCGGGUUUUCAACUCCGAGGACGACCAGAACUGCUGGCAGUAUCGAUUUCCCACGGGCACUUUCAAAGUUUGUGAGAGGUUCCUCAAAGACACGUGCACAGAGGAUGACCACUGUAAGCUGGCCCACGGGGAGCAGGAGCUAAAAGAGUGGACGGAGCGCCGGGAAUUCCUUUUGAUGAAACUUGCCAAAGCCAAAAAAGACCAUCUUAUAGCACCCAAUGACAAUGACUUUGGAAAAUACAGUUUUCUGCUUAAAGACAUCAAAUAAAAUGGCGACAAGAUCCAUGCUCACUGGAUGACAAAGCAGUAUUCCAACAGUCCUGAAUCAGGUGAUCCUUGAGAACCUCUGAGAUGCACAGGAAGCAGCCUGAUCACAGCAUGGUUUUAAAGAGGGCGAUCGGGGACCGGCCCUAUGUUGGUGGCUAGUUUACUCUGAUCAGAAGUACGGGAGUGUUGACAGCAAAUUAUUAGUGUAAGACACUUUACGCUUUGCUAUGCACUUUUACAGUAGAUCUGAAAUCGGUGAUGAACAUACCCUGUGUAAACCCUGAUCAGAGACGUGUUCAGACACCUAACAGUUGACCUAAAAGAAUUGUUUCAAUUUUCACAAGAAGUUUGUAUGUUGAUGACCUCUCCUUUUUUUCCCCAAGUUUUAAGUAUGGGAUACUUAAAAUACCAUUCUUUAUUUUUAUCCAACCAAAUAAAGCUUAUUUUAUAACCUG